GAACACAAUUGCAACGAUAAGCUUUGGGUAAUAAACGAAGGUUAUAUCAAGUCCCUUUAGUCAGGUAUAAAAUGGACAACGGCAAGCAAAUAACUAGCAUUAAGAGCUUGUUCUUCAGUACAACUGAUCUAAAGCCCAGAAACAAUAAUGGAUUUCGAAACCGCCACCCAAAAAGCCAAAUCCUUUACCAAGACUCCCCCAGACAAUGUCUUCUUGGAAUUCUAUGGUCUCUUCAAACAGGCCACCGUUGGCGACUGCAAUGUUGCCCAACCUGGUGCUUUGGACUUGAAGGGCAAAGCCAAAUGGAAUGCCUGGAACGGCAACAAGGGCAUGAGCCAAGAUGCUGCCAAGGCCGCUUAUGUUGCUGCCUAUGAAAAAUAUGCUCCUCAAUAUGCUUAAUUUGUUAGAAGAAUAUUCAAAUAAAUUAAUUUAAAUUAAAAAAAAAAAAAAAACAACAA